AUGGAUAGUGACAAUAAUAAACGUUUCAAUUUUGAUCACCUUUCUCAAAGAUAGCUUAAGAAUAGACUUUAUAAAAACAUUAAUCGUUAUGAUCCUAGCGAACGAAAACAUACUUAACCACUAUCCAAUGCAUCAAAACCUUAUUUGAUACCAAAAAUUUCAAAAUAGAGAUUGGAACCAAUUACAUCAGCUUAAGCAACUUUAGGCGUAACAAUUUAAUAAGGUAGAAUUCUUCUUGAUCAAUCUGCAUAUUAAUCAGGCAAAAGUAUUUGUUGUCAUUACUAACUCAAGACAUAAGAAAUGAUACUUCUUUUGCUCAAGAUCACUUUAAAAAACCUAAGAAUUUAUCUCCUCUGGAUCAUAGACUAUAAAGUGAUUAUGGAAUGAGUAUUUUGGAUGAUGUAUAGAAUCCUAAUUCUUCAGUCAAUGACUCUAUCAUUAAUCUAUUUUAGUUCCAAGACAAAAAAAAAGAUGCAUCAAUCUUAAAAAAAUAAAAAAAGAAAUAAUAAUAACAAUCUUAUUUAUCUCCUUUAGAUUUUAUUUACUUAAUUAGAACAGAUCCAGAAAUGGCUGAUUAGUUUUGUUAUUUAAAUAAAAGAGAUCAUGCUUAUGAUUAUGAAAUAGUUGAAUUUGAAGAUCGAAAUGUUAAAGAAUAUAUGACUAUAAGUGCUAGAGGAAUUACUUAUUAUCAAAAUGAAGAAGCCACUUUUCUAACUAUUGAAGAAUGGUAAAGAGAAGCUAAUCUCUUUUAAGAUUUAUUAAAGAUAGAUUUCUUUAGAAAAUACAAAUUAUGGAAAAACUUCUUUUUAUGGAAAAGAUUAAUGAGAAAAAAAAUAUUAGCUAAAAAUUAAGAAUUGAUGGUCUCUAAUAUGUUUACAACAGAUAAAUAAUUAAGAAUUACUUUAUUAGAAGUGAAAAGAAAAUGUUAAUAAAUGGCAUCUGAAAUUAGAUUUUUAGACACAUCUACUACUAUUCCUUAAACUCUUGAAAAUUUUAAAUUAAAAUAAGAAAAACAUCUUAUGUCAAAUAUGGAUAAAUAAUUUGAUUCAUAUGAGAAUUAGAUAUAACAAAUAAUAAUAGAAUGUUGUUAAAAAUCAUUAAUAAAUUUUAAGGAAACUCAUCGUAUUCCAUUAUAAGAGGAUGAUGAUGAAGAAAGAGCUACCCUAUUAGUAGGUGAUGAGUCUGGAAAAGAGAUGCCAUUUACAACUGAAGCUACUAUAAGAACUCAUUUUAAAAGACUUAGGAAAUUUGUAAAAUAUCUUGAUUAUGUUAUAAUUGAUGCUAAAUUACAAAUGAUGCAAAAUUCAGUUGAACAUAUUGUAAAAUAAAUCAGAGAUUUCAAUAAAUAAUAUCGGCAAACCUCUGGUGGUAAAAGAAAAGGAUAUUAUGGAAAGGGUUCUCCAUAAUGUUGGAUAAUUUUUGAAGCUGUUGGUAAAGGAGAAAGUAUAUCUUUCAAUACUUUAAGAGAAUAGCUAUUUAGUAUAUUUGAAAGUGUUAUUAAUAAUAGUGUAAUACGUAUAACAACAAGACAUAAAGAGAUGUUAUCUUUACCUGAGUUACAACAAUAUAUAUAAGAUGAAAGUAAUUAAUAAUUUGAAAAAGUUGAUAUUAAGUCUAUUAUUACAGGGAGUGAAAAUUUUUAAAAUUUAUGUGGUUUAAUGAGAAGAGAAUUGGAAGUGGUAUUUGAUCAUCUUGAAUAGUAUGCUAAUAAAUUAAAACCAUUUUUAAAAUGGUAUGUAGAAAAUACAGCAAUAAAUAUUGAAAAUUAAUUCAAAAAUAAAGAUGUUGAUGAAUAUCGAAAUGCGAUUAAUCGAUAUAAAAAGUAAGAUCAUUAAUUUCAAGAAAUGGAACCCACUUAAGAAAUUGGAAUGAUUUUAUUUGAUAAUCAUAAAUUGAAGGCAAAAAUUAAAUCAAGUGCAAUGAAUUGCAUUUUAGAAUUAUAUAGAUUUAUACCAGAUUAUAUGUAUAAAAAAGCAAUACUAUUUACAAAUAAAACUGCUUAAUUAUAUUCUACAAUAGCAGUUUCUCCUAUCACUGUAGAGUAAUUUGUAAAUUAUAUGGAAGCUGUGAAUGUAAUCAAUAAUUAGUUUGAAGAUUUGAGUAAUGCCUCUUAAGAAGUCACUUCAAUGGCCUUAUUGAUGGAUGAGUUAAAGAUUAAGAUACAAGAUUAGCAUAAAUAAAAAUUUGGAGAAUGUAUUUAAUAAGUUAAUUAAUUGCGUAAGAAAGUAGAUGAUGCGAUGGUUAAUUAUGAUUAAAAUUUAAAUAAAUUUAGAAAAGAUAUGGAGAGAAUGAUUCCAUAAGUAGAUAGUACAGUAAAAGAUUUAAGUGAAAGAGUAUCAGAAUAAUAAUUGAGUUCUUUAGCAUCAGAUUUGAGUGAUAUGAUAACAUUUGUGACAGGAAUCAGAAAAUAAGUAGAUGAGUUAAAAAUACAUGCUAAAAAAUUAAAUGAUUAUUAAAUAGCAUUAAAUAUGGAAUAUACACCAUUUGAGAAAUUAGAGAUUUUUAAUCAUGAAUUUACAUUAUUAGAGAGAUUAUGGUGUGGGAGAAACGAAUGGAUUUAAAAUUACUCUUCUUGGUUAAAAUAACAUUUUACUGAAAUUAAUUUAGAUGAAAUGAACAAUACAAUUGAAAAAUUAUAAAAGGUUGCUAAUUUAUGUGCAAAAGAAUUAGAUAAAAAUGAAGUAGCAAGAGUAUUUAAGUCAGAUAUUGAAGGUUUCAAAGGAGUUUCUCAAGUACUUUAAGCAUUAAAAGAUCCAGCAAUAUCUGAUAAAUAAUGGAAUUAAAUUAGAACUUUAAUUUUAGAAAAUUAAUAAUUAUUUAAAGAGCCAAUUUUAGAUCCAUUUACUCCUUUAGAUGAUUUAAAGUAUAAUAUUUAAUGGAUUACUCAGAUUGGAUUAGAUUAAAUAAAAGAUAAGUUAAGUGAAAUUGCCUUAAGAGCAGCAAAAGAAAUAGAAUUAGUUAAAAUGUUAGAAUAAGUAGAAUCUAUUUGGAGAUCAGCUAUAAUAACUGUAUAACCUUAUAGAGAAUCUAAAGAUGUAUUUAUUUUGGGAAAUAAUGAGGAUUUAAUUUCUAAAAUUGAUGAUACUCUUUUAACUGUUAAUAAUAUAUUAGCAUCAUAAUUUGUUGAAGGUAUUUAAUCAGAGGUAGAAAGAUAAUAAGCUUUAUUAAGAUAUUUUUAAGAAUUAUUUGAUGAAUGGAUAUUACAUUAAAGAAAUUGGCUUUAUUUAGAACCUAUUUUGAAUUCUCCAUAUAGUGCAAAGAAUAUGGUUAAGGAAUCCAAAAUAUUUUAAUAAGCUGAUAUAUUGUGGAAGAAAUUAAUGAGAAAUGCCAGAGAUAGUUGUUUAGCUAAAAAAUGGGCAGACGAUUAUUAAAAUAGAUUAUAUUUUAAUUAAUUAAGAUAAAAUAAUAAUAAUUUUGAAGUUAUCUAAAAGGCUUUAGAUGAAUUUUUAGAAAAGAAAAGAGAUUCAUUUUAAAGAUUUUAUUUUUUAUCAAAUGAUGAACUCUUAGAUAUAUUAUCAAAUGCAAAGAAUAUUGAAGCAGUUUAACCAUACUUAAAAAAGUGCUUUGAUAAUUUAGUUGAGAUUUAAUUUGAUUAAUAAGAAAAUGCUAUAGGAAUGGUGUCUGCUGAAGGUGAGAUCGCAGUUCUUAAAGGAUAUACAGCUAGAGGAGAAGUAGAAGAUUGGUUUAAAGGACUUGAAGAUAAAAUGAAGAGUUCAUUAAAUGGUGUGAUGAGAUAAUCUUUAUUUAAAUAUUAAUUAGAAGAUACAUAAAGAAAAGAUUGGAUAUUUGAAUUCCCUUUAUAAAUUAUUAUAACUAUUGAUUCAAUAUUUUGGACUAAAAUAACUGAAGAAAAUUAUUUAUAGGCAAAUGCAGAAGGUGAUUUGGAUGAUUGGUAUGAUGCUAAUGUAGCUAUGCUUGAUGAAUUGACAUCAUUAUUUAAAGUUAAUUUAAAUGAUUUAUAAAGAAGAACUUUAGUGGCUUUGGUAACUUAAGAUGUCCAUUUUAGAGAUAUUGUGGAUAAUAUGAGAAAUGAAUCUGUAGAAAGUAUUAUAGAUUUUAAAUGGCAAUAAUAAUUAAGAUUUUAUCAUGAUGAAGAAAGUGUAUAAAUUAAGUAAGUAAAUGUUAAAAUAAUGUAUGGAUAUGAAUAUUUGGGAUCUACAACAAGAAUAGUUGUUACUCCUUUAACUGAUAGAUGUUGGAUAACUCUCACAGGAGCUAUUGGUAUUAAAUUAGGAGCUCUAUUACAAGGACCUACUGCUACUGGAAAAACAGAAACAUGUAAAGAUUUGGCUAAGGCUUUAGGACGAUUCUUUAUAGUAUUUAAUUGUUCAGAUUAAAUUACACCUAAAAUUAUGGAAAAACUUUUUGCAGGAUUGGCAUAUUGUGGAGCAUGGAUUUGCUUAGAUGAAUUCAAUAGAAUAUCAAAAGAGGUAUUAUCUGUUAUUGCACAAUAAGUCUUAACUAUAAGAGAGGCACUCCUAGAAUAUAAAAUGAAUUUUUAUUUCUUUAGUAAAAAUAUCUAAUUGAAUCCUGAUUUGGGUAUAUUUAUUACAAUGAAUCCAAAUUAUACUGGUAGAACUCAAAUACCUGAUAAUUUGAAAGUACUUUUUAGACCUAUUUCUAUGAUGAUUCCAGAUUAUAGAUUGAUAACUGAAAUUGAAUUGUUUGUUGGAGGAUUUUCUAAUGCCAAAGAUUUAUCAAGGAAAAUUAUCAAAUUGUAUCAAUUAAGUUCAGAAUAAUUGAGUCAACAAGAUCAUUAUGAUUUUGGUUUGAGAGCAAUUAAGUCAUUAUUAGUAAUGGCUAGUAAAUAAAAAAGAGCAGACUUUAAUAUUAAUGAAGAUGUCGUAUUAGUUAAAGCAAUAUGUGAAAGUAAUUUACCGAAAUUUUUAUUUAAUGAUAUAAGACUGUUUAAUGCAAUAGUAAAUGAUCUAUUUCCAGGAAUAGAAAUAGGGAAUAAAUAAAAUGAAGAGUUAGAAACAGUUAUAAAAUAUGUUCUUGAUCUAAAUUAAUUAUAAGAAGAAGAGAAUUUUGUAAAGAAGAUAAUUCAAUUUGAUGAAACAUUGAAAGUAAGAUUUGGAGUAAUGUUAGUAGGUGUAACAAUGGGUGGAAAAUCGUAAGUUUAAAAUGUACUAAGAGAAUGCUAUAAUAAAUAAUAUGUUGAUAAUUAAUAGUAAGAUGAUGAUUCUAAUCAUGAUAAUGAAAGGAUAGAAUAAAAGGUUUAAAAUUAGAUAUUAAAUCCAAAAGCUUUAUCAAUUGAAGAAUUAUAUGGAUAAUUCGAUAUGAUAACUUAAUAAUGGACUGAUGGUUUAGCUUCUAAUAUAAUGAGAAGAUUUGCAUAAUCAAAUACAUAAGAGAAGAAAUGGAUUGUUUUUGAUGGGCCUGUUGAUACAAUGUGGAUUGAAAAUUUAAACAGUGUUUUGGAUGAUUCGAUGACUUUAUGUUUAAGCAAUGGCGAACGAAUAAAAUUGAAUACAUAAAUGAGAAUUAUAUUUGAAGUAUUAGAUUUAAGUUUUGCUUCACCUGCAACUGUAAGUAGAUGUGGAAUGGUAUAUUUUGACCAAAAAGUCUUAGGAUAUGAACCAAUAGUAAAUACUGAAGCUAUGACACUUGUUGAUAUCUUAAGUAUUGAUAUAAUUGAUCACUUAUUAAUUUAAAUUAAGGCUUAAUUUAAUAAAUGUGUGGGUUUAAUUAUUAAAUAAUGUAAAUAAUUAAUACCUAUUAAUGAAACAUAAAUGGCAGUUGGAUUAAUUAAAAUUAUGAGAAUGAUUAUACAAUACUAUAAUUAAUAAUUAAAUUGUAACUUAAGAGAAGAAAUAGCUAAAAAGCACAUAGAAAAACUGUUUGUUUGGGUAUUUGCAUGGUCUGUUGGUGCAACUUUAGUUUCUGAUGAUUAUUCUAAAUUUGAAAGUAUUGUAAAUGAUACAUUCUCAGUUGAUAUAUUGCCUAGAGGAUCUUUAUUUGCUUGUUUAGUAAGAAUAACUAAAAUAGAUGGAUUAGUUGAUAUUAAUUAUAUUUAAUGGAAUGAUAUAGUUCCUUAAUUUUAAUAUAUCAAAGAUAUGAGUUAUUUUGAUAUGAUUGUUUAAACACCAGAAACUGUGGCUUAUGGUUGGUUUGUAAAAUAAGCUAUUCAUACUAAUUGUCCAAUUUUUAUAACUGGAAUGCCUGGUACAGGGAAAACAGUCUUGAUAAAUUCAACUAUUUAAAAAUUAAGAGAUAAAGGUUUAAUUGCAUUAAUGUAAAUGACCUUUUCAGCAAAAACCUCUAGUUAGGUAACUUAAUAAAGUAUAGAAUAUAAAUUAUAGGCUUAACGUAAUAAGGGAAGAGCUAUAUUAAUGCCUCCUCCUGGUAAAAAAUUUGUGUUUUUUGUUGAUGAUGUUAAUAUGCCAACUUUAGAAUAAUAUGGAGCUUCAUCACCUAUAGAAUUAUUAAGAUAGUUUAUAGAUUAUAAAGGAGUUUAUGAUAGAAAAACAUUUAAUUGGAAAGAUGUAGAUAAUACUAAUUUAAUUUGUGCCUGUGGUCCUCCUGGUGGUGGACGAUCUCCUCUUAGUAUUAGAUUCAUUCGUCAUUUUGUUUAUUUAAGUGUACCUAAUUCAAGUGAUGAAACCUUAUCAUGGAUUUUUAGUAGAAUUUUAAAAGCAUACUUUAAAAAUAAUUAUUUUAAGAAUGAAAUUAAUGAUUUAUGCGAUAAUUAUUCAAUUGUCUAUGCAACAUUAUAAAUGUAUCAAGAAAUAUAAAAUACUUUGAAACCUACACCUGAAAAAUCUCAUUAUAUUUUCAAUUUAAGAGAUGUUAGUAAAGUUUUUCAAGGAAUAUUAGAGGCUAAACCAUUGAUUUAUUAGAAAUCUGAAUAAAUUAUUAGAUUAUGGGCACAUGAAACAUGUCGUGUUUUUAUGGAUAGAUUAAUCAAUUAAAAUGAUUAAGAUUGGUUUAAAGAGAAUUUAAUUAAAAAUAUAUUAAUAAAUUUUAAAAUAGAAUAUAAGGUCUAAGAAUUCUUUAAUUCUUAACGUCCAUUUAUUUUUGCAGAUUUUUAAAAAAAAGUAGAAUUAUAAGAUCGUAUCUAUGAGGAAGUUAAAGAUUAUAAUUCAUUUGUUAAGAAUAUUAAUGAAUACAUGUUGAGCUAGACAAAAAUGAAUUUGGCAUUAUUUAAGGAUGCUAUUGUACAUUUAACAAGAAUUUGUAGAGUAUUAAGAUUACAGAGAGGACAUUAUAUGUUAAUAGGAAUUGGAGGUUCUGGUAAAAAGUCAUUAACACAAUUGGGAGCUGCUUUAGCUGGAUGCAAAUUUGAAACAUUUACAACUAAAAAAAACUAUGGGAAAAAAGAGUUUAAAGAUCUUUUAUUUAGACUUAUGUGUGCAGUUGGGAUUGAAAAUAAAUUAAUAGCUUUUUAUUUUGCAGAUAAUUAAUUACAUUAAGAAAGUUUUCUUGAAGAUCUUAAUAAUCUACUUAAUUCAGGAGAAGUACCUAAUAUGUUAACAAAAGAAGAUUUAGAAAUUAUUAAUUCUGGAAUCUAAGCUUAAAUUAAAGAACUAAAAAUUAAUGAUGCCUACUCUUACUUUGUAUAGAAAGUAAGAUCAAAUUUACACAUUGUUUUAGGAUUAUCUCCGAUUCGAGAUUAAUUCAGGGUCUGGUUAAGAAAAUUUCCAAGUUUAUUAAAUUAUACUAAUUUAGAGUGGCUACAAAAAUGGCCAUAAGAGGCAUUUUUAAAUGUUGCAUAAAUGUUUUUGGCAACAUUUGAAUUCAAAGAAUUAACAAAAGAUUUAAGAUAAAAUCUCUAUUAGAUGUUUGUUCAUGUUCAUUUGAGUGUAGACCAAAAAUGUCAAUUUUAUUAUGCUACUUAAAAAAAAUAAAUAUACACUACUCCUAAGUAAUUUCUUGAUUUAAUUGAAUCUUAUAAGAGUUUAUUGACAAUGAAAAAAGAAGAAUUAGAAACUAAUAAAUAAAAAUUAUCUUUAGGAUUACACAAAUUACAAGAAGCUAAUAGUAUAAUUAGUGGUUUAAAAGUAUAACUGACUUAGAUGUAGCCAAUUCUAAAAUAAAAGACUAUAGAUUAAGAAUAAUUGUUAUAAAAGUUAUAAGUUGAUUCUACAGAAGCGAAUAGAGUUAAAUAAUUAGUAUCCGAAGAGGAAAGAUAAGUUAUUGAAUAAGCUUCUAAAAUUAAAGAAACUAAGGCAGAAGCUGAGAAAUUUUUAAAUGAAGCUAUACCUACUUUAAAUGCUGCUUUGGAAGCAUUAAAUACAAUUAAUAAAAAUGAUAUUUCAGAAAUUAGAAGCAAUAAUAAUCCAUCACCAAUAGUUCGUUUUACUUUAGAAUGUGUUGCUAUAUUAUUUGAAGAAAAAUUAGAUUGGGAUUCUAUUAAAAAAUUGCUUGCCGAUCCAAAUUUUUUAUAAAAAAUGAAAGCUUUAGAUAUAAAUCGUAUUAAACCGAACACAUAAAAUAAAAUAAAAGCUAAAAUUAUUAGUAAUCCAGAAUUUGUUCCUAAUAUAGUUUAAAAAUACAGUGGUGCAGCUAAAUAAAUAUGUGAAUGGGUUAGAGCAGUGAGUGAAUUUACAGAUACUAAUAAUGAUAUAGAAAAGAAAAAAACCUAAGUUGAAGCUAUGAAUAAGUAAUUAGAGAUGGGCAAUUAAAUAUUAGCUUAAAAAUAAUCAGAACUUGCUCUAGUUGUAAAAAAAGUAACAGAUUUAGAAAUAUAGUUUAAUUAAAAUAAAUAGGAAAAAGAUCAUCUUGAUUAAGAUAUUUAAACUAUUCAAUAAAGAUUGAUUAGAGCCGAAGAAUUAACAAUAGGUUUAGCCGAUGAAUAAGAAAGAUGGAAAACCAAAGUUCAAAGUUUAACUGAAGAAAUAUAAAUGCUUUUAGGAGAUAUUUUUUUGGCAAGUUCUACUGUAACAUAUCUAGGAGCUUUUUCUGAAAUAUAUAGAAAUUAACUCUUAUAAGAUUGGAUCUUAAGAGCAACUGAAUUAGCAUUUCCAAUGAACAAAAAUUAUAACUUCGAAGCUGUUUUAGGAGAUCCUUUAGAAAUAAAAUAAUGGAUUACAAAUGGAUUACCUAAUGAUUCAUUCUCAAAAUCAAAUGGCAUAAUUUAAAAGUACUGUAGAUCUUACCCUUUAUUCAUUGACCCUUAAUUUUAAGCAAAUACUUGGAUCAAAAAUACAUAUAAAGAUUAAAAUCUUAAAGUAUUAAAGCUUACUUAAGAGGGAUUAAUAAAACAUCUUGAAAAUGCAGUUUAAACUGGAAUACCUUUAUUAAUUGAAGAUGUUUAAGAGUAAUUAGAAAAUUGUUUAGAGCCACUUUUAUUAAAACAGAUAAAAUUUGUAAGUAGAAAAAAAUUUAUUAAGAUAGGAGAUAGAGAAGUAGAAUUUGAUCCUAAUUUUAAAUUAUUUUUUAGUACUAAGCUUUGUAAUCCUUAAUAUUUAACAGAAAUAUUUAUUAGAGUAACAGUUAUCAAUUUUACAGUCACUCAAAAAGGAUUAGAAGAAUAAUUACUUGGUGAUAUUGUAUAAAUUGAAAAACCAGAUAUGGAAGAUGAGAAAAAAGAUUUAGUAUUGGGAAUUUCAUCAGGAAUGAUGAAUCUAAGAAAGAAUGAAGAUAAGAUAUUAAAUCUUUUAGCCAAUUCUAAGGGAAUGAUAUUAGAUAAUUUAGAAUUAAUAGAAUCUCUCAAAUUAUCAAAAUAAGAUGCAAUUUAAGUUAAGGAAACUUUAGUUAAAUAGGAAUAAAAAUCUACAGAAAUAGAAGCUGCUAGAAAAUAAUAUUUGCCAGUAGCUACAAGAGGAAGUCUUUUAUAUUUUGUUAUAGCUGAUUUUGCUUAAAUAGAUCCAAUGUAUUAAUUUUCAUUAAAUUAUUUCAAAAAAAUUUAUUAAAAUGUAAUUAGAAAUUCUGAAAAAAAUGAUGAUAUAAAAAUUAGAAUUGCUACACUAUUAGUUAAUAUUACUGAAAUUAUUUAUUAAAAUAUUUGUAGAGGCUUAUUUAAUUAACAUAAAUUAAUAUUCUCAUUUUUUAUGGCUGUUAAAAUAUAAUUAAACGAUAAGGAAAUAUCAUAAUAAGAGUGGAAUUAUUUUAUAAAAGGAGCAAAUUUGACUGUUUAACCACCUCCUAUGCCAAACACAGUCAAACUGUCUCCAUAAUUAUGGAAUGAAUUGUAUUAAUUAACUAAUGUUCAUUAAAAUAUUGAUCAUAUUUAUAAUCCAAACUUUAAUAGUUUUAAAGAAAUUGAAAAUUUGCUUUAAUCAGAAAAUCCAUGGGACUUAAUAAAUGAUUCACUAACACCAUUUUAAAAAUUAAUGAUUAUGAAAGUAUUGAAAUAGGAAGAAUUGUAUUAUGCUUUGAUAAAAUACGUUGAAAUAAUUUUAGGUAAAAAAUAUACAAUAAACUAUUAAUCUACAAUUGAAGACACAUUUAACGACACAGAUCAUAAAACUCCUCUCUUAUUUAUUUUAAGUCCAGGAAAUGAUCCUUUGGCUCAUAUAAUGAAAUUUGCAAAUUCAAAAAAAAUAUCUUCAGAAAAAUUAAGAAUUAUAUCAUUAGGAUAGGGUUAAGGAAUUAUAGCUGAAAAAGCCAUUGAGAGUGGUGUAAAAAGUGGUGAAUGGGUCAUAUUGUAAAAUUGUCAUCUCUGUAAAAUUUUUAUGGGAACACUUGAGAGGAAAAUUGAAUGGUUUGAAGAUCCUGAACUUUAAUCAUAAUUCAAUCCUGGAUUUAGAUUAAUCUUGACAAGUCUCUCUUGUGUUUACUUCCCUGUAAGUGUUCUUUAGAACAGUAUAAAAUUAACAAAUGAAUAUCCAAAGGGAUUCAAGUAGAAUUUGAAUAAAAUUUAUACUGAUUUAACUGCUGAUUAAAUAGAAAAUUGUGAAAAGAAAGAAACUUGGAAGAAAUUACUUUAUUCUCUUUCAUUCUUCCAUGCAAUUAUUUAAGAACGUCGUAAGUUUGGUUCUUUAGGAUGGAAUUAAAUAUAUGAGUAAAUAUUUAUUUUAUUUAGUUUUAAUGAUUCUGAUCUGGAAAUUUCUUAGGCAGUAUUAAAAAAUUUCUUAGAUUUACACCAAGAAGUACCAUGGGAUGCAAUUUUAUAUGUAAUUGGAGAGAUUACCUAUGGUGGAAGAGUAACUGAUGAUUGGGAUAAAAGAUGUUUAUUAACAAUUUUAAGCAAAUAUAUCAAGUAAAUAAAAUUCCAUAUCAAAUUUAGUGAGGAUGCUUUGAUUGAUGGCUAUUAUUUUUCUGAAUCAGAAAUAUACAAAUAACCUCGUGAAAUGAAUAUAAAUGGUUAUAGGAAAAUGAUAAAAAAAUAUCCUGAUAUUGAUAAACCUGAAUUGUUUGGGAUGAAUGAAAAUGCAAACAUUGCCUUAAAGUUAAAUAAAUCUAAAAAAGCAAUAGAUAUUAUUCUUAGUAUUUAAUCAGGUGAUAGUUUCUAAUAAGGAGAAGUAGAUUUAAAGAUAAAAACUUCAGAUGAAAUUGUAUUGGAAUUAUGUGAAGUUUUGUACUAAAAGAUUCCAUUUUAAAUAAAGGAAUAAGAAAGGAAAAAGAAGCCAAUUUAAGUUAUUAUUUAAGGUGCAAUUUAGGAUGUAGAUUUCAUAAAAAUAUGCUUAAAUUCUGAAGUUUAACGAUAUAAUUAAUUAUUAUAAUUGAUUGGAAGCUCAAUAAAAAAUUUAUAAGCUGCUCUAAAGGGAGAGUUAGUAAUGUCAAUUGAGCUUGAAAAAAUUUAUAGAUCAGUAUUGAAUAAUGAAGUUCCAUAGAUUUGGAUAAAUAAAGCAUAUUUAAGUCUCAAACCUUUAGGUUCAUUUUUUGAUGACUUGAUAAAAAGAGUGAAUUUCUUUAGAGAUUGGUUUAAUUUGGAUAAUGGAAAUCCUAAAGGUUAUUGGAUAUCUGCUUUCUUCUUCCCAUAAGGAUUUUUAACUUCAUUACUAUAAACAUUUAGUAAAAAAAAUCAAGUGGCAAUCGAUAUGCUUGGAUUUACAUUUAAGUUUUUAAAUUAGAUUGAUAAUGAAAUGGUAUUUCAUAAAUAAAUAUUAGAUUUCAUAAACACCUGAAAAUGGUGCAUAUAUAUAUGGUUUAUUUAUUGAAGGAUGUAGAUUUGAUUUCAAUAAAGGAGUUUUAGAGGAUCAAUUAGCAGGAUAAUUGAUAGUCUAAGCACCUAUAAUUCAUUUUAUUCCAAGUUAAGAUUAUAAGCCAAAUGUGAAUGACUAUUCAAUGCCAAUUUAUAAAACUAGUACAAAAAUUAAAUUAAGAGUUUUAGGUCUACGGGGUGGUGUUUUAUCAACAACAGGAUAAUCAACUAACUUUAUUAGAACGAUUGAUUUUCCGAGUAAAAAGAGCCCUGAUUAUUGGAUUUUGAAUGGAGCUGCCUUGAUCACUUAACUUAAUGAUUGAUUUUU